AUUACUGGACAAUUAGACAGCCAUCCAUGUGUAAUUACUGUUGAUGAUAUGACAGCUGCCAGACAUUUUAUUAAAACUCAACUGAAACAAAUGGACGAGGAGAUGUUAUUUUCAGUCCUUCAGCCUCAACUUGAACUCAAUCCUAAACAUUCAGUCAUAAAGAAAUUGCACACACUUAAAGAAUCAAAUCCAGAAUUAGCUAAAUUAAUUGUUGAACAGCUGUACAGUAAUUCAAUGGUGACAGCGGGCCUUAUCAAUGAUUCCAGAAAAUUGGUGUCCAACAUGAAUCGUGUUCUAGAAUUAGUUGUUGAAAAAUAUUAAAAUUGUUGUUUUUGUAGUUCUAAACACUUUAAUUUUGUAAAUAUUAUCAUAAAUAAAUAAUAUGUGGUUUUUU